CAACACUGUUGUCGAGCCUCAACAAACCUUCCGCAACCUAAUUUCUCGUUCGUCGGCCAAGAUUUUAGAUCAUAGGACUGGUCGUAUUGCGCAACCGCCAGAAUGGCCGCCGACCGAGGCUCGAAGCCUACAUCCACCGAAGUUCAGCGCAAAUCGCAAAAAAGCGCACCUGUAAACGAUGAAGACGCACGAGCAAUGGCACGAUUCGCUGAAGAGGCAACAAAGCAAUAUGGGCGCGGCGACAGAAUUAGGCCAAAAUCCGUGAAGGACAAAAAGCUCAGGUCGAAUUUGCGGUUACUGGAAAAUAAGACAAAACAGGCAGUGUUGGAAGCAAAAAACGUUGAAAUCCUGCUAGAGAACAACGAAGGACUGCUGGAAACCGAACACGAGCUUGAAAGGACAUAUAAGGUUCGACAAGACGAGAUCAAGGCUGCAGUCGCGACAGAGACUGCGAAGAAAGGGUUCGAGCUGCGCCUUGACGGACUGGGACCAUACGAUGUAUGCGAGUACAGCAGGAACGGGCGCGACCUACUGAUUGCAGGGAGGAAAGGUCACGUCGCCACAUUCGACUGGAGGGACGGCAAGCUGGGGUGCGAGCUGCAACUGAACGAGACAGUACGAGACGCAAGAUGGCUGCACGUCAGCAACCAGAAAAACUUCGCGGUUGCGCAGAAGAAGUGCGUGUAUAUCUACGGCAACGACGGCGUGGAAUUGCAUCAGCUCAAAAACCAUUCGGAAGCGACACAUCUCGAAUACCUCCCCUACCAUUUCCUCCUCUCCUCGAUAUCGACAGCCGGUAUUAUCAGAUACACAGACGUUUCGACAGGACAGUCACUAGGAGAAAUGUACACAAAGCUCGGUCCGCCAACCGCGUUCGUACAGAAUCCACAUAACGCCAUCCUGCACGUCGGACACCAGAAGGGUCUUGUCACAUUAUGGUCGCCCAACAGUGCAACACCACUCGUCAAACUGCUCCCCCACCACGGACCCGUCCGCAGUCUUGCAGUUGACAAGUCCGGCACGUACAUGGUCAGCACGUCGCAAGAUCGCCGCAUGUCCGUCUGGGACAUCCGCAUGUUCAAGGAGAUCCAUACGCACCACCUGCGCGUCCCCGGCACCUCACUCUCCAUCUCCGACCGCAACCUGACAGCCGUCGGCUACGGCACUCAGGUCAACAUUUACAAGCCCGAAAUCUUCACCCACAACCCCGACCUUGUCCUGCCCACACCAUACAUGGCCUGGGGCGGCGAGGGCAACAGCACCGGCCGCGUGCGCUUCUGCCCCUUCGAGGACGUCCUCGGCAUCGGGCACGCGAACGGCUUCACCUCGAUCAUCGUGCCCGGCGCCGGCGAAGCCAACCCAGACACCCUCGAGCAAGGCACCAACCCCUUCGAGACGUCGAAGCAGCGCCGCGAGACCGAAGUCCACGCCCUGCUCGAAAAGAUCCAGCCCGAGAUGAUCGCCAUCGACCCCAACUUCGUCGGCAACCUCGACUUGACCAGCCACGACCAGCGCGUCAAGGAGCGCGAUCUCGACCGCAAGGACGAGGACAAGAUCGCGAAGCUGAAGAAGAGGGGCCGUGGACGCAACAGUGCGCUGAGGAGGUACCUGCGCAAGAGCGGCAGCAAGAACGUUAUCGACGAGGAGAAGGAGCGCGCCAGGGAGAUUGUGGAGAGGCGCAAGGAGCGCAACAUCGAGAAGCAGAAGCAGCUCAAGCAGGCGUACGGCCCGGCGCUGGAGCGCUUCGCCAAGAAGGGCGUGUAGGUGUGCGAGGGGCGGCAAUUCAAAAGCACGAUAUAUCACAGCAUUUACGGCGUUUUUUGCAGAGGGUGGUUCGGUAGCAUAUACCCUCGGACUGGCAGAUUAGACCUCCUGAGCCAAUGGAAUCAUGUCUUGAAAGCCGUUUGACAGCACUGUGAACGCGUGUGAAGAGAAC